CCUAAUGUGCGACCACACAUGGGGAAGACUCGCUCGCCCGCCCACGAAGACAUGUCGACUUCGCUGUUCAUAAAGUCCCUCCGCGACCACCACUCGACGCCCAUCUGCCAGAACACCAACAAGCCGAUCAACAUGUGCGAGUGCCACCGACGCUACCGCAAUGCCAACGGGAAUGCGGGCAGCGGGAGUGCCAACGGGAGUGCCAACGGGAAUGGGGCCGUCCCGACUUCUUCUCCUUCUUCUUCUUCUCCUUCUUCUUCUUCUUCUCCCUCUUCCACGGCCUCAUCCGCCUCUUCUUCUUCCUCUUCUUCUUCCUCUUCCUCUUCCUCCUCCUCUUCCACAUCUUCCUCCACCUCCUCGAGUGCCCCGAACCUCCACCACAACCACCACAACCACAACCACCAUCUCUCGUCCUCCACCAAGUCCCACCUCCCCGCGCCGACCAGGUCCCCCUCGAGUUGCGUGAACGGCCUCGGACCCAAGCACGUCCUGAAGGAGAAGCUGGUCGGGAACGAGAGGAACGCCAAGAACGGCGCCGGCCCGACCGCCAGCCGCUACAGGAACUACAAGGGCUCGCCCAAGUGGAGGAUGGACGGCAAGCGGCGGUCCACCUCGACGGAGUCCGUGUCUUCGUCGCGGUCGGAGAAAUCGGACAAGGGCAAGGACAAGGAAACGGGUCAGCUCAAGGACAAGCCCUUUCCUCCUUCUCCCCCCUUCUCCCAUUCCCCCCUUCUCCCUUUCCCCUUUCCCCCUUCUCCCUUCCCCCCCUCUCCCCCUCUCUCCUUAUCAAAUGUUCACGAUUUAAUUGCAUUGCCACAGGAAUCUAUGACUGCCAUAAAGCAGAGAGUCUGCACUGACACUCAGCCGAAGUCACCCUGCCCUCAGCACUGGCUCGGUCAACACCUCCAGCUCACACAGACCGCUCGUCCUCGCUGGCAUGGCACGACGCCCCAGCCCGGACGUCUCUGCCAGGCCUGUCCUCUGUACUCGAGCUACCGUGCUCCUACAGAAAUAAAGUCUAGAAACUGCGACAACUUUAACUCCCAAGAACAAACCAGCAUUACCAUCAAAGCGGAACGCGAAUUCGCCACACUAUUACCCUUGGGAAUCUGCGGGCCGCGACUCCCCGGAUGUAAACAAGCUCUAGUCCUCGAGUUCCGAUCGCUGGCGCGGCGUCGCGAUCCGUUCCGUGCUUUCCGAUGGCGACGGGAGUUCGGGACGAAGUCGUGGGCGCGUGCGAAGUGGCAUUUCAGUCCGAUUUAUGUGGCGUUUGAAGACUAUCGUGCUGGGAAAUUCUGCCGCGGAGAGUGGGUCGUGCUCGCGGACCGGCACUUUUCUCCUCCUCCACCACCACCACCUCCUCCUCCACCUCCACCACCUCCACCACCUCCUCCUCCACCACCUCCACCACCUCCUGACAAAAGAGCAUCGGCUUUGAGAUCGCAUAAGGACAAAAGAGCAUCGGCUUUGAGAUCGCAUAAGGACAAAAGAGCAUCGGCUUUGAGAUCGCAUAAGGACAAAAGAGCAUCGGCUUUGAGAUCGCAUAAGGACAAAAGAGCAUCGGCUUUGAGAUCGUAUGAGGACAAAGGAGCAUCGUAUACAUAG